AUGAAAUUGUUCGCCGCAAACGGUACGACCAUUCCAACGUUUGGCCAACGCCUGUUGAAAUUAGAACUCCAACUCAGAAGAGAGUUCAGCUGGCCUUUUAUCAUCGCUGUCGUGCCUCAUCCAAUUAUCGGAGCUGACUUCUUACGCAGUUUUGGUUUAUUAGUCGACGUCAAAAAUGCUGCAGUAAUUGAUCCUUUGUCCAAGUUGCAAACAAGAGGUACCCGGUAUGCUGGGAUUGCUUCAACGGUAAAGGUAAUUUUAGAGAACUAUAAAUUCCACAAUUUGUUGUCAGAAUUUUCUGCCCUGAUUAGAUCAGCUGUCACGCCAAGAAAAGUUAAGCAUGGAGUAGAACAUUGGAUACAGACAAAAGGACCUCCUAUUUUUUCGAAACCUCGACGUUUAUCGCCAGAUAAGUUGAAAGAUGCAAAACAAGAGUUUGAAUCUCGUAGCAUCAGGGGUUUGCCAGCCUUUCAAAAGCUGUUGGGCAAGUCCGUUACACAUGGUUCUAAAAAAGAAUGGCGACUGGCGACCGUAUGGUGA